AUGAGAAGUGUCUUGGUCAUGCCACAGUCUCAGGAGGAAACUGAGUUCCUUCAGAAGAACCUGAUCCACAAGUUUUGGAUAAACUGCAAUGAUCUUCAAGUUGAAGGUACAUGGGUGUGUCAAGAUGGCACUACUGAUGUGGAGUACAGAAACUGGAGGGAUGGUGAACCUAGUAAUUUCGGGGGAGGAGAAGAUUGUGUAGUAGCAAAAGAGGCUGGUUGGAAUGACGCACCAUGUGAGACUCAUGUUCCCACUAUCUGCAAACGACCUGCACCACAGCUGCACCUAUAA